CCAUUCUGAUAAAAAUCACUAUAAUGACAGCAUAUAACCCAACUUUUCGCCCUCUACGAAUGCAUUAAAUAAAAAUAAAAUGUUUAUCCACGGUUCUAGAAAUGGUACAAGUGUUCCACUGGAAUCGUCGUUUGUUCCAAUGUCGCUUUAUAUGCAUUGCAACAACCAUAAUUUUUCUCAUAUUCAUCCACACUUUUGAGAUAACUUAUCACUUCCUGAACGCGUGCACUGAAGAAGAACCCAUAGACGUGGUUUACACCUGGGUUAAUGGCUCUGAUCCCAAAUUUCAAGACCAGCUUGAUUCAUACCUUCGCAAGUACAAAAACAUUCAAAUUGAUUCUUCCGCCCAACGGUACACCGAUAAAAACGAGCUAAAGUUUUCCCUACGGUCGAUAGAAAAAUACGCGUCUUGGAUUAAUCAUGUCUAUAUAGUGACAAAUGGUCAAAUCCCUCAUUGGUUAAACUUGGACUACGAAAAGGUGACACUAGUCACUCACGACGAAAUUUUUACAGAUAAAUACAACCUUCCCACUUUUUCUAGUCCGGCAAUCGAGGCGCAUUUACACAGAAUCCCAGGUCUUUCCAAGCGGUUUAUUUAUUUUAACGAUGACGUCUUCUUGCGGUCCCCGGUCUUUAGAGACGAUUUUUAUUCACCUAGUCGUGGCUUCCUGGUUUACUUGUCGUGGCUGCUUCCAAUGUGUGCCCCUGAAUGUUUGUGGCUGUAUGUAGCCGAUGGCCACUGUGAUAAAGCUUGUAAUAACAUAAAGUGUCAGAUGGAUGGGGGCGACUGUGACGACACAUCAAAGCCACUUCUGGGGGAUGUUAUAGUAAAAUUCGAGGAUUACGAUGUAGUAGAGACAAAUUACACUAAAUUACUAGCUACAUUACAGAACACAACCACACGAACUUUUAAAGUGGACCACACUGUUAACAUAUCGAAUUUGAUCUCCCAACACAACAAAAAAGUAUUGUUUUUGGAUAAGUUGAAACGUCGGAAGUUACGCAAAAAGUUUUCUCAACGUGUAUAUAAUCGGAACGUGGACGCGUAUGCCGAUUCCCUGCAACACACUAACCGGAUUUUGAAUGAGUUUUAUGGUUUUUCAGUCCGGAAGGUGCCAGCACAUGCUCCUAUUAUGGUGGAUAGGGAGAUAAUGGAACAAAUGCAAAUGAAGUUUGCCAAGUAUUUUCAAAAGACUGCAUGGAAUCGCGUCCGAAGCGUAGAUGAUAUACAGUUUUCAUUCGCAUACUAUUAUUUUCUUAUCCACGAAAAGAAUGAGUUCAGUAUUGAUGAAAUCUUCGAUCAGUUUGACACAGAUAUGUCUGGAGAAUGGUCUGAUGUUGAAGUCCGUACUGUCGUCACAAAACUCUAUGACCUACCCAUAACAGACGAAAUCUUUGCUCAUUUCACCCACAUGUUAGUGAAUUGUUCUAGUCGAUCAGUCCUACCCACCUUACAUAUCACCAAAGAGUUCGUGCGCAACUGCCCACUGCUUUCGACGUUCCUAAAACUAAACCUGGCCAUCACUCACAAGUACAAGUUUGAAUUGAUUAAAGAAGCUGAUAAGAAACACGUUUCCUUUAAGAUGUUGAACUCAAAUGUUACCCAAGUGAUCCGCCAAUUGGACGACGUUAGAAAAAAUGUUAAAAAAUUUGUUUGUCUGAAUGAUAACCUCGACCAACUGCGGAUUUCCGACAAUCGAGUCGUUCAAAGGCUGAUGUUAGAUUUUUAUAUGUCGUUGUUUCCGGUUCCUAGUAAGUUUGAGUUGCCUGAGGACUAUAGGAACAGGUUUUUGUAUAUGGAAGAUUAUAAGGAGUUGGUGGAUAAGCAAAAUAGGAGAUUUAAAUUGACGUGUAUUUUCCUGGUUGUGAUAACUUUUGUUUUAUUUUUGAAUUUUUUUAGGCGGAGGGUGUGCGAAUUUAUUGACCGGCUGUUUUGUUGAAAGUUUUAAUAGAGAAUUUUACAAGAA